AUCACUAUUCUCUGUGGCCUCCAAAGAUGAUGUGAAAAUGAUGAAACUACAUUUGGAACAGUUGGAUGAAAGAUGGAGAGAUUUGCCACAGAUAAUUAGCAAAAGGAUUGCUUUUCUUCAGUCUGUGGUCGCUGAACACCAGCAGUUUGAUGAACUGUUGCUUUCCCUUUCUGUCUGGAUUAAGCUGUUUCUUAGUGAAUUACAGUCUACUUCGGAGAUAAGCAUAACAGACCAUCAAGCAGCAUUUACUCGGCACAAGGACCACGCAGCAGAAGUAGAGAGUAAAAAGGGAGAAUUGCAGAGUCUGCAGGAUCACUUGGUGAAGCUGGGUGCUCUGGUUCGAGCUGAGAGCCUCCCCCUCCUCCAGGGCAAGGCAGAGGACUGCUUCCAGCUGUUCGAGGAGGCCAGCCAGGUGGUGGAAAGGCGGCAGCUUGCCCUGGCCCAGUUGGCUGAAUUCCUACAGAGCCAUGUCUCGCUGUCGGGGGUUCUCCACCGGCUGAGACACACAGUGGAAGCAACCAACAGUAUGAAUAGGAAACAGACUGAUUUAUUAGAGAAGGACUUAAAUCAUGCAAUUCAAGAUGCUAAAUCAUUAGAAUCUGUGGCCAUCAGCCUCGACAGCGUUCUUGCUAAAGCUCAAUACCAUCUUAAAAGUGGAAACUCAGAGCAAAGGACUUCCUGCAGAACUACAGCUGAUCACCUCUGUUCUGAAUUAGAGAGAAUCCAGAACCUUCUGGGAAUAAUGCAGAGCGAAGCAGAUGCCCUGGCAGUACUGAAGAAAGCAUUCCAAGACCAGAAGGAGGAGUUACUGAAAAGCAUUGAGGACAUUGAAGAAAGGACAGACAAAGAGAGGCUGAAGGAGCUUACCCGCCAAGCUCUUCAGCAGAGACUGAGAGUCUUUAAUCAGUUAGAAGAUGAAUUGAAUUCUCAUGAGCAUGAGCUAUGUUGGUUGAAAGACAAAGCUAAACAAAUUGCUCAGAAAGACGUAGCCUUUGCAUCUGAAGUCGAUAGAGAGGUAAACCGCUUGGAGGUCACCUGGGAUGAUACAAAAAAACUCAUUCAUGAAAACCAGGGUCAAUGCUGUGGACUUAUUGACCUAAUGAGGGAAUAUCAGAACUUGAAGUCAGCUGUAUCUAAAGUCCUAGAAAAUGCCAGCAAUGUGAUUGCAACUAGAACUACUAUAAAAGACCAGGAGGAUCUUAAAUGGGCUUUGUCCAAGCAUGAAACUGCCAAGAAUGAAAUGUGUAAUAAACAGAAAGAAUUGGAUAACUUUACCAGUAAAGGAAAACAGUUGUUAUUUGAGCUGAAAAAAAUCCACAGUAGUGAUUUCAUCUUGGUGAAAACAGACAUGGACAGCACUGUGGACAGAUGGCUGGAUAUAUCAGAGAAAAUUGAGGAAAACAUGGAUAGGCUGAGGGUAAGCCUGACCAUUUGGGCUGAUGUACUUUCAAGUAAAGAUGAGAUCGAUGGAUGGUGCAACAGUUCUGUUCCGCGGCUGGCAGAAAGCAUCAGCAACCUGAAUAACAGCCUCAGAGCAGAAGAAUUCCUUAAAGAAUUUGAGUCUGAAGUUAAGAACAAAGCAUUGAGACUGGAAGAACUUCAUUGCAAAGUUAAUGAUCUUAAAGAAUUAACUAAAAAUCCAGAAACACCACCAGACCUUCAGUUUGUAGAAGCAGACCUAAGGCAGAAACUGGAGCAUGCCAAAGAAAUUACUGAAGAAGCAAAAGGCACCUUGAAAGAUUUCACUGCUCAGAGUACACAGGUGGAGAAAUGUAUUAAUGACAUAACAAGCUGGCUGACAAAAGUAGAAGAAUCAUUGAUGAACUGUGCCCAGACUGAGACAUGGGAAGGGCUGAAAAAAGUAAAGGAAAUACAAAAGGAACUUCAGAGUCAGCAAAGCAACAUCAGCUCCACCCAAGAAAAUCUCAACAGCUUGUGCCGAAAGUACCACUCUGUUGAGUUGGAGAGCCUGGGGAGUGCCCUGACCCGGCUUAUAAAGAACCAGGAAGCUGUGAGCCAGUUGUGCUCCAAAACACAGGCCAGCCUUCAGGAUUCUCUGGAGAAACACUUCAAUGAGUCUAUGCAGGAAUUCCAAGAGUGGUUUUCUGGAAUAAAGGCAGCAGCAAAAGAAUCAUCUGACAGAACUGGCGACAGCAAAAUUCUAGAGGCAAAGCUCCAUCAUCUUCAGAACAUUUUGGACUCAAUCAGUGAUGGGCAGAGCAAGCUUGAUGCUGUGACUCAGGAAGGACAGACUUUGUAUGCUCAUGUGUCUAAGCAAAUUGUCGGCAGCAUUCAGGAAAAAAUUACAAAGGCUAAUGAGGAAUUUCAAGCAUUUCUGAAACAAUGCCUUAAAGACAAGCAAACUCUUCAAGACUGUGCUUUAGAACUUGGGAGCUUUGAGGAUCAGCAUAGAAAACUGAACUUAUGGAUCCAUGAAAUGGAUGAAAGAUUAAGUAUAGAAAACUUAGGAGAGAGUAAACAACACAUUCCUGAGAAGAAGAAUGAAGUCCAUAAAGUUGAAAUGUUUCUAGGAGAACUUCUGGCUGCAAGAGAAUCUUUGGAUAAGCUUUCCCAGAGAGGGCAGCUUCUCAGUGAAGAAGGCCAUGGUGCUGGGAAAGAAGGACGCCUGUGCUCCCAGCUCCUCACUAACUACCAGAACUUACUCAGAAUGACCAAAGAGAAACUCCGGAGCUGCCAGGUGGCCCUGCAAGAGCACGAAGCCCUGGAGGAAGCCCUGCAGAGCAUGUGGUCCUGGGUGAAAGCCAUUCAAGACAGACUGGCUGGUGCAGAGAGCACCAUCGGAAGCAAAGACACUUUAGAAAAGCGGCUGUUACAAAUACAGGAUAUUCUCCUGAUGAAAGGUGAAGGAGAAGUUAAGUUGAACAUGGCCAUUGGCAAAGGGGAACAGGCCUUGAGAAGUAGCAACAAACAAGGUCAGAAGGUGAUUCAGACUCAGCUACAGACCCUUAAAGAUGUGUGGGCAGACAUCAUGAGCUCCUCCGUACAUGCUCAGAGCACUUUGGAGUCUGUGAUUAGCAAAUGGAAUGACUAUCUAGAAUGGAAGAACCAGUUGGAGCAGUGGAUGGAAUCGGUGGAUCAAAAAGUAGAGCAUCCCUUGCAACUGCAGCCAGGUCUGAAGGAGAAGUUUUCCCUUCUGGAUCACUUCCAGUCCAUAGUAUCUGAGGCAGAAGAUCAUGCUGGAGCCCUGCAGCACCUCACCUCAAAAUCCAGGGAGCUUUACCAGAAGACAGAGAAUGAAUCUUUCAAGGAAACGGCUCAAGAGGAACUGAAAACACAGUUUAAUGACAUAAUCACUGUUUCCAAGGAAAAAAUGAGGAAGGUGGAAGAGAUUGUGAAGGACCAUCUCAUGUAUUUAGAUGCAGUCCAAGAAUUCACAGAUUGGCUCCAUUCAGCAAAGGAGGAACUUCAUCGGUGGUCAGAUAUGUCUGGAGACUCAUCAGCCACCCAGAAGAAAUUAUCUAAAAUCAAGGAGCUGAUGGAUUCCAGAGAGAUUGGUGCAAGCCGCCUAAGCAGAGUGGAGUUGCUGGCUCCUACAGUGAAACAGAACACAAGUGCCAGUGGGUGUGAGCUCGUGGACACGGAGAUGCAGGCCCUGCGCGCUGACUGGAAGCAGUGGGAAGACAGUGUAGUCCAAACGCAGACCAGCUUGGAGAACCUGGUUAGCCAGAUGGCCCUUUCGGAGCAGGAGUUCUCAGGCCAGGUAGCUCAACUGGAGCAGGCCCUGGAGCAGUUCAGCGCCCUUCUGACAACUUGGGCUCAACAGUUAGCUCUCCUGGAAGGCAAGAACACGGAUAAGGAGAUAGUGGAAUGCUGGCAGAAAGGACAAGAAAUACUGGAUGCCCUAAAAAAAGCAGAGCCUAAAACAGAGGAUCUUAAGUCUCAGCUAAAUGAACUUUGUCGAUUUUCCAGAGACCUGAGUACAUACAGUGGAAAAGUUUCUAGCCUGAUUAAAGAAUAUAAUUGUCUUUGUUUGCAAGCAUCCAAGGGCUGUCAGAAUAGAGAACAGAUUUUACAGCAACGAUUUCGAAGAGCCUUCAAGGAUUUCCAGCAGUGGUUGGUUAAUGCAAAAAUCACUACUGCCAAAUGUUUUGAUAUACCUCAAAAUAUUAAUGAAGUUUCAACAAAUCUUCAGAAAAUACAGGAAUUUUUGUCAGAAAGUGAAAACGGACAGCACAAGCUAAACAUGAUACUGUCCAAAGGAGAGCUUUUGGGUACUCUGUUGACCAAAGAGAAAGCUGAUGGCAUCCAGGCCAAAGUUGUAACUGCAAAAGAAGAUUGGAAAAAUUUUCAUUCAAAUCUCCACCAGAAGGAAUCUGCCCUAGAGAAUCUAAAGAUCCAAAUGAAGGACUUUGAAGUAAGUGCUGAGCCCGUCCAGGACUGGCUGAGUAAAACUGAGAAGUUGGUGCAGGAAAGCAGCAAUCGCCUGUAUGAUCUGCCCGCAAAGAGGAGGGAACAGCAGAAGCUCCAGUCUGUCCUUGAGGAAAUAAACUGCUACGAGCCUCAGCUCAACAGGCUAAGAGAGAAAGCUCAGCAGCUGUGGGAAGGACAAGCUGCCAGCAAGAGCUUUAUGCACAGAGUGUCGCAGCUGUCUUCUCAGUAUCUAGCUCUAAGCAAUUUAACGAAGGAGAAAGUGUCAAGAUUGGAUAGAAUUGUUGCAGAACACAAUCAGUUCUCCCUGGGGAUUAAAGAGCUCCAAGACUGGCUGACAGAUGCAGUUCACAUGCUGGACUCUUACUGCCACCCAACAUCCGACAAAAGUGUGCUGGACAGCAGGAUGCUCAAGCUUGAGGCUCUAUUAUCAGUGAAACAGGAAAAAGAGAUCCAGAUGAAAAUGAUAGUGACCAGAGGGGAAUCUGUCCUGCAGAAUACCUCUCCAGAAGGCAUUCCUGCUAUUCAGCAGCAGCUGCAGAGUGUGAAGGAUAUGUGGGCUUCCCUUUUGUCUGCAGCAAUUCGGUGUAAAAGUCAACUCGAAGGAGCUCUUUCUAAGUGGACAAGUUAUCAGGAUGAUGUUCGACAGUUUUCCGGUUGGAUGGACAGUAUGGAAGCCAGCCUAAAUGAAUCUGAAAGGCAGUAUGCCGAACUGCGGGAGAAAACAAGCGCUCUGGGAAAAGCCAAGUUACUAAGUGAAGAAGUGCUGAGUUACAGCAGCUUGCUGGAGACCAUUGAGCUCAAAGGGGCUGGCAUGACAGAGCACUAUGUCACCCAGUUAGAGUUUCAGGAUCUUCAGGAGAGAUACAGAGCCAUCAAAGAGAGGGCCAAGGAAGCAGUAACCAAGUCAGAAAAACUAGUUCGCCUGCACCAAGAAUAUCAGAGAGACCUAAAGGCAUUUGAAGUUUGGCUGGGACAAGAACAAGAAAAGCUUGACCGGCAUUCAGUUCUUGAAGGUGAUGCUCACACUCAUGAGACAACAUUGCGGGAUCUUCAGGAGCUACAGGUGCGCUGUGCAGAAGGGCAGGCACUGUUGAACUCAGUGCUGCACACCAGAGAGGAAGUGAUACCAUCAGGCAUCCCCCAGACAGAGGAUCGGGCUUUAGAGUCUCUCCGGCAGGACUGGCAGGCUUACCAGCAGAGACUGACAGAGACCCGGACUCAGUUCAAUAAUGUAGUCAACAAAUUGAGGUUGAUGGAACAAAAGUAUCAGCAAGUAGAUGAGUGGCUCAAAACACUGGAGAACAAAGUGAAAGUUAGGACAGGGCGUCAGUCCAACAGGGCAGCCAAGGAGAUACAGUUACAUCAGAUGAAGAAGUGGCAUGAAGAAGUCACCGCGUACAAAGAUGAAGUUGAGGAAGUGGGAGCCAGAGCACAGGAGAUGUUGGAUGAGAACCACGUGAGCAGCAGAAUGGGCUGCCAGGCCACCCAGCUGACUUCCAGAUACCAAGCCCUUCUUCUCCAAGUGCUGGAACAAAUAAAAUUCCUGGAGGAAGAGAUCCAGAGUUUGGAGGAAUCAGAAUUAUCCCUAAAUUCCUAUUCUGAUUGGUACACCUCUACUCAUAAAAAUUUCAAGAAUGUGGCCACCAAAAUUGACAGAGUAGAUAAAGCGAUGAUGGGGAAAAAAAUGAAGAUGUUGGAGGGUUUGCUAAAAGACAUGGAAAAAGGCCAUAGUUUGCUGAAAUCAACCCGAGAGAAGGGAGAGAGGGCUCUCAAAUACCUGGAGGACAGCGAGGCAGAGACAUUAAGGAAUGAGAUCCAUGACCACGUGGAGCAGUUGAAGGAACUGACCAGCACUGUCCGGAAAGAGCACAUGACUCUGGAAAAAGGCCUUCUUUUAGCAAAGGAGUUCUCAGAUAAAUAUAAAGCACUAACUCAGUGGAUAUCAGAAUAUCAAGAAAUCCUACACACUCCUGAGGAACCCAAAAUGGAAUUAUAUGAGAAAAAAGCUCAAUUAUCUAAAUAUAAGUCACUUCAACAAAUGGUGCUGUCCCAUGAACCAUCAGUAAAAUCAGUGAGAGAAAAAGGUGAAGCUCUCCUGGAGCUGGUGCAGGAUGUCACUUUAAAGGAUGAAAUAGAUAAACUUCAAAGUGAUUACAAGGACCUCUGUGAUGCAGGAAAGGAGCAUGUCUGCAGCCUCAAGGCGAAAGUCAAAGACCACGAAGAUUAUAACAGUGAGCUCCAAGAAGUAGAAAAGUGGCUGCUGCAAAUGUCAGGCAGACUGGUGGCACCUGAUCUCAUGGAGACGAGCAGUCUAGAGACAAUUACCCAGCAACUGGCCCACCACAAGGCAAUGAUGGAAGAAAUUGCUGGUUUUGAAGACCGUUUGAACAACCUUAAAAUUAAAGGUGACAAUUUGAUCAGCCAAUGUGCAGACCACCUUCAAGCAAAACUAAAACAAAAUGUGCACGCUCAUCUUCAGGGCACGAGUGAUAGUUACUCAGCUAUCUGCAGUACAGCUCAGAGAGUGUACCAGAGUUUGGAACAUGAACUUCAGAAGCAUGUUAGCCGACAGGACACUCUGCAGCAGUGCCAGGCCUGGCUCACAGCAGUCCAACCAGAUUUAAAGCCAAGCCAGCUUCCACCUCUAAGCAGGGCAGAAGCCGUGAAGCAGGUCAAACACUUCAGAGCUUUGCAGGAACAGGCAAGGACUUACUUAGAUCUCCUCUGCUCCAUGUGUGACUUGUCAAACUCUUCAGUGAAAACCACAGCAAAAGACAUUCAACAAACAGAGCAAAUGAUUGAACAAAGGCUUGCCCAGGCACAGAACUUAACUCAGGGCUGGGGAGAGAUCAAGCACAUGAAGGCCGAGCUUUGGAUUUACCUCCAGGAUGCUGAUCAGCAACUACAGAAUAUGAAGAAGAGGCACUCAGAACUGGAGCUCAACAUUGCACAGAACAUGGUUUCCCAAGUGAAGGAUUUUGUUAAGAAGCUACAGUGCAAACAGGCAUCAAUGACUGCUAUUACAGAAAGGGUGAAUAAGUUAACCAAGAAGCAGGAGUCUCCUGAACACAAGGAAAUAAGUCACUUAAAUGACCAAUGGUUAGAUCUGUGUCUUCAGUCUAACAAUCUGUGCUUGCAAAGGGAAGAGGAUCUUCAGAGAACAAGAGAUUACCAUGACUGUAUGAAUGUUGUUGAAGUGUUCUUAGAAAAAUUUACUACAGAAUGGGAUAACUUAGCCAGGUCUGAUGCAGAGAGUACAGCUGUCCACCUAGAAGCUUUGAAAAAGUUAGCCCUAGCACUGCAGGAGAGAAAGCAGGCUAUUGAAGAUCUGAAAGAUCAAAAACAAAAAAUGAUAGAACAUCUGAAUUUAGAUGACAAAGAACUAGUCAAAGAGCAGACAAGUCACCUUGAACAACGUUGGUUUCAGCUUGAAGACCUUGUUAAAAGGAAAAUCCAAGUGUCUGUCACCAACCUGGAGGAGUUAAAUGUGGUGCGGUCCAGGUUUCAGGAGCUAAUGGAGUGGGCAGAGGAGCAACAGCCCAACAUUUCUGAGGCCUUGAAGCAGAGUCCCCCACCAGAUGUGGCUCAGAACCUCCUCAUGGAUCACCUUGCCAUUUGCAGUGAACUGGAGGCCAAACAGAUGCUCCUGAAAUCACUUAUUAAGGACGCUGACAGGGUGAUGGCUGAUCUUGGCCUAAAUGAGCGGCAGAUAAUCCAGAAGGCACUCUCUGAUGCACAGAGUCAUGUGAAUUGUCUCAGCGACUUAGUGGGCCAGAGACGAAAGUACUUAAACAAGGCCCUAUCCGAGAAAACCCAAUUCCUUAUGGCAGUGUUCCAGGCGACCAGCCAAAUUCAGCAACAUGAGCGAAAGAUAAUGUUCCGUGAGCACAUCUGUCUGUUACCAGAUGAUGUGAGCAAACAAGUUAAGACAUGUAAGAGCGCACAAGCCAGCCUCAAGACCUACCAAAAUGAAGUCACUGGACUUUGGGCUCAGGGUCGUGAAUUAAUGAAAGGAGCCACAGAGCAGGAAAAGAAUGAAGUACUGGGUAAGCUUCAAGAGUUGCAGAGUGUCUAUGACGCUGUCUUACAAAAGUGUAGCCAUCGGCUACAAGAACUAGAAAAAAAUUUAGUUUCUAGGAAGCAUUUUAAGGAAGAUUUUGAUAAGGCUUGUCAUUGGCUAAAACAAGCAGAUAUUGUUACAUUUCCUGAAAUCAAUCUAAUGAAUGAGAGUGCUGAGCUUCAUACACAACUGGCCAAAUACCAACACAUUCUUGAACAAUCUCCAGAAUAUGAAAAUCUUCUGCUUACACUACAGAGAACUGGGCAGGCCAUAUUGCCAUCACUGAAUGAAGUUGAUCAUUCCUACCUCAAUGAAAAGCUAAAUGCUCUGCCCCUGCAAUUUAAUGUAGUUGUUGCCUUGGCUAAAGACAAGUUCUAUAAAGUCCAAGAAGCAAUUCUUGCUCGGAAAGAGUAUGCUUCCUUGAUCGAGUUGACAACUCAGUCUCUGAGUGAACUUGAAGACCAAUUCUUAAAGAUGAACAAAGUCCCCACUGACCUGAUAGUUGAAGAGGCUCUGUCUCUUCAGGAUGGUUGCAGAGCCCUUUUGAGAGAGGUGUCAGGCCUCGGGGAGGCAGUGGAUGAACUGAACCAGAAGAAAGAAAGUUUUAGAAGCACCGGUCAGCCUUGGAAGCCAGACAAGAUGCUGCACCUUGUCACCUUGUACCACAGGCUGAAGCGACAAGCAGAACAAAGAGUGAAUUUAUUGGAAGAUACCACCAGUGCAUAUCAAGAGCAUGAAAAGAUGUGCCACCAGCUAGAAAAACAACUAGAGGCUGUGAAAACAGAGCAGUCCAAAAUAAAUGAGGAGACACUUCCUGCAGAGGAGAAGCUCAAAAUGUAUCACUCACUAGCAGGUAGUCUUCAGGAUUCAGAAAUCAUACUAAAACGAGUAACUGUGCAUCUUGAAGAUCUGGUUCCACAUCUUGAUCCCUUGGCUUAUGAGAAAGCAAAGCAACAGAUCCAGUCCUGGCAAGAGGAGUUAAAACUGUUGACUUCUGCCAUUGGCGCGACGGUGACAGAGUGUGAGAGCCGCAUGGUACAGAGUAUAGACUUCCAGACAGAGCUGAGCCGCUCCCUGGACUGGCUGAGGAGCGUGAAGGCAGAGCUGAGUGGGCCAGUCUGCCUGGAACUGAGCCUACAGGACAUCCAGGAGGAGAUCAGAAAGAUCCAGAUUCAUCAAGAAGAGGUACAGUCCAGCCUGAGAAUAAUGAAUGCCCUGAGUAACAAGGAGAAGGAGAAAUUCACUAAAGCCAAAGAGCUAAUUUCUGCCGAUUUACAACACACUCUUGCUGAGCUCUCAGAGCUGGAUGGAGACGUUCAGGAAGCUUUACGCACCAGACAGGCUGCCUUAACUCAAAUAUACAGUCAAUGUCAAAGGUACUAUCAAGUAUUUCAAGCAGCUAACGACUGGCUUGAGGAUGCUCAUGAGAUGUUACAACUGGCAGGCAAUGGCAUAGAUGUGGAGAGUGCAGAAGAAAAUCUCAAAAGCCACAUGGAAUUUUUUAGUACAGAAGAUCAAUUCCACAGAAACCUGGAAGAGCUCCAAGGUCUGGUGGCCAGCUUGGACCCACUCAUCAAGCCAACUGGAAAAGAGGACCUGGCACAGAAAAUGGCUUCCCUGGAAGAUAAAAGCCAAAGGAUAAUCCAGGACUCACAUGCCCAAUUAGAUCUCUUACAGAGGUGUGCAGCUCAAUGGCAGGAUUAUCAGAAAGCAAGGGAAGAGGUUAUUGAAUUGAUGAAUGAUGCAGAAAAGAAAUUGUCUGAGUUUUCGUUAUCAAAGACUUCUUCCAGUCAUGAAGCAGAAGAAAAAUUGUCAGAACACAAGUCUUUAGUAUCAGUAGUUAACUCUUUCCAUGAGAAAGUUGUGGCCCUUGAGGAUAAAACUUUACAAUUGGAAAAAACUGGAAAUGAUGCAAGCAAAGCAGCCAUAAGCAGGUCCAUGACUACUGUCUGGCAGCGCUGGACACGUCUCCGUGCUGUGGCUCAGGACCAGGAGAAGAUACUAGAAGAUGCAGUAGAUGAGUGGAAGAGCUUUAACAAUAAGGUUAAAAAAGCCACUGAAAUAAUUGAUCAGCUCCAAGAUAAAUUACCGGGAAGUUCAGCAGAGAAAGCCUCAAAAGCAGAACUCUUAACUCUUCUUGACUUUCAUGACAUGCUCAUUCUGGAGCUGGAACAGCAGCAAUUGGCCUUAGGCCUGCUGCAGCAGCAAGCUCUAAGUAUGCUCCAGGAUGGAGCCACAAAGUCCCCUGGAGAAGAGCCAUCCAUUGUCCAGGAAAUCACGGCAAUGCAAGAUCGGUGCCUGAACAUGCAGGAGAAAGUGAAGAGUAAUGGAAAGGUGGUAAAACAAGAGCUAAAGGAACGAGAAGUUGUGGAGACUCAGAUCAAUUCUGUGAAAUCUUGGGUUCAGGAAACAAAGGAAUAUUUGGGGAAUCCAACAAUAGAAAUAGAUGCUCAACUUGAAGAACUUCAGAUUCUCCUAACAGAAGCAACAAAUCGCCGACAGAACAUUGAGAAAAUGACUGAAGAGCAGAAAAAUAAAUACCUGGGUCUUUAUUCCAUAUUACCUUCUGAAGUAUCCCUUCAGUUAGCUGAAGUGGCACUGGACCUAGGAACUAUCCAUGACCAGAUCCAGGACAAAGUAAGAGAAGUUGAACAGAGCAAGGCCAUGAGCCAGGAGUUCAACCGGCAAAUUCAGAAGAUAGCCAAAGAUCUCACGACUAUUCUAAGUAAGCUGAGAGCAAAGACAGAUAAUUUAGCACAAGCUAAAUCUGACCAAAAGGUGCUAGGAGAGGAAUUAGACGGCUGUAAUUUAAAAUUAAUGGAACUAGAUGCAGCAGUACAGAAAUUCUCAGAGCAGAAUGGACAACUGGGUAAACCACUGGCCAAGAAGAUAGGAAAACUGACUGAACUUCACCAACAGACCAUUAGGCAGGCUGAGAAUCGGCUCUCCAAUCUCAGUCAGGCAGCAUCACAUUUAGAAGAAUACAAUGAAAUGCUUGAAUUCAUUUUGAAGUGGAUUGAGAAAGCUAAAGUGUUGGUACAUGGAAAGAUUACAUGGAAUUCUGCAAACCAACUUCGAGAACAAUACGUUUUACAUCAGACCAUGCUAGAAGAAUCUGAAGAAAUUCACAGCAAUCUGGAAGCAAUGAUUGUGAAAUUACAGUACCUUGCUAGUGUGUACUCCACAGAAAAAAUGUCUCAGCAAGUGGCAGAACUGGGACGGGAGUCUGAGGAGCUGCGACAGAUGAUCAAAAUUCGUAUGCAUAAUCUCCAAGAUGCUGCCAAGGAUAUGAAAAAAUUUGAAACCGAGCUAAAAAACUUACAAGUUGCUUUGGAGCAAGCCCAGACAACCUUGACUUCUCCAGAAGUGGGCCGUCUUAGUCUCAAGGAGCAACUUUCUCAUCGACAGCAUUUGUUAUCUGAGAUGGAGUCACUCAAGCCAAAGGUCCAUGCUGUGCAGAUUUGCCAGAGUGCACUGAGGAUACCUGAAGAUGUGGUCACCAGCUUGCCACUGUGCCAUGCUGCUCUGCACCUGCAGGAGGAGGCCAGCCGGUUACAGCACACAGCAAUCCAGCAGUGCAACAUCAUGCAGGAGGCUGUGGUGCAAUAUGAACAGUAUGAGCAAGAAAUGCAGCACCUCCGGGAGCUUAUAGAAGGAGCGCACAGAGAAAUCGAGGAUACACCUGUGGCCACCAGUAACAUCCAGGAGCUGCAAGCCCAGAUUUCUCGGCAUGAGGAGCUGGCUCAGAAAAUCAAGGGCUACCAGGAGCAGAUCGCCUCUUUGAACUCCAAGUGCAAGAUGCUGACGAUGAAAGCCAAGCAUGCCACCAUGCUGCUGACGGUCACGGAGGUGGAGGGGCUGGCGGAGGGGACGGAGGACCUGGACAGGGAGCUCCUCCCCGCGACCUCGGCCCACCCCUCUGUGGUCAUGAUGACUGCAGGUCGUUGUCACACUUUGCUGUCACCUGUGACGGAGGAGUCUGGGGAGGAGGGAACCAACAGUGAAAUUUCCUCUCCACCUGCCUGUCGCUCCCCUUCACCUGUGGCUAAUGCAGAUGCCUCUGUUAACCAGGACAUUGCUUAUUACCAAGCACUAUCUGCUGAGAGGUUGCAGACUGAUGCCGCAAGGAUCCACCCCAGCACGUUGCCAUCUCAGGAGUUCUACGAACCAGGACUGGAGCCAUCUGCUACUGCUAAACUGGAUGAUUUGCAGCGUUCUUGGGAAACCUUAAAGAAUGUGAUAAGUGAAAAGCAGCGCACUCUCUAUGAAGCUUUGGAACGCCAGCAGAAGUACCAGGACUCCCUACAGUCCAUCUCCACAAAGAUGGAGGCCAUUGAGAUGAAACUCAGUGAGAGUCUGGAGCAUGGCAGGAGUCCAGAAAGCCAGAUGGCUGAACAUCAGUCUUCUUCACAGGCACUGAUGGAUGAGAUUCUCAUGCUUCAAGAUGAGAUCAGUGAGCUCCAGUCGUCUCUGGCAGAGGAGCUGGUGUCGGAGUCUCCCGAGUCCGACCCCGCCGAACAGCUAGCCUUGCAGUCCACACUCACUGUCUUAGCUGAGCGGAUGUCCACCAUCAAGAUGAAGGCAUCAGGGAAGCGACAGCUUUUGGAGGAGAAGUUAAAUGAUCAGCUUGAGGAACAGAGACAGGAACAGGCCCUGCAGAGGUAUCGCUGUGAAGCCGAUGAGCUGGACCACUGGCUCUUGAGCACUAAAGCCACUUUGGACACAGCACUGGGUACAGCGAAGGAGCCUAUGGACAUGGAAGCCCAGCUAGUGGACUGCCAGAACAUGCUAUUAGAAAUAGAGCAGAAGGUGGUGGCCUUAUCAGAACUCUCAGUCCACAAUGACAACCUGCUGCUGGAAGGCAAGGCUCACACCAAGGAGGAGGCUGAGCAGCUUGCCAUAAAGCUGAGAGUGCUCAAGGGGAGCCUACUGGAGCUGCAGAGAGCCCUGCAUGACAAACAGCUCAACAUCCAGGGAACAGCACAAGAGAAGGAGGAGAGCCAUGUGGACCUGACUGCCAGCCAGAGCCCUGGUGUCCAGGAAUGGCUGGCCCAAGCGCGGACCACGUGGACCCACCAGAGACAGAGCAGUCUCCAGCAACAAAAAGAGUUGGAACAGGAAUUAGCAGAACAGAAGAACCUCCUGCGGUCAGUGGCCAGUCGUGGAGAGGAAAUUCUCACCCAGCACUCAGCUGCAGAGACCUCUGGUGGUGCUGGCGAAAAACCUGAUGUGUUAUCCCAGGAAUUGGGGAUGGAAGGGGAGAAAUCAGCUGCUGAAGACCAGAUGAGAAUGAAAUGGGAAAGCCUACAUCAAGAAUUUAGUACCAAGCAGAAGCUACUACAGAAUGUUCUGGAACAGGAACAAGAGCAAGUGCUAUACAGCAGGCCAAAUCGGCUCCUGUCUGGUGUGCCACUAUACAAAGGGGAUGGGCAGACCCAAGACAAAUCUGCAGUGACAUCUUUGCUGGAUGGAUUGAACCAGGUCUUCGAAGAGGUUUCAUCACAGAGUGGGGGGAAAAAGAGGCAGAACAUUCACUUGGAACAAAAGUUAUAUGAUGGGGUGUCCGCUACCUCCACAUGGUUGGAUGAUGUUGAGGAACGUUUAUUUGUUGCCACAGCACUUUUACCAGAAGAAACAGAAGCUUGCCUCUUCAACCAAGAGACUCUUGCCAAAGAUAUUAAGGAAAUGUCUGAAGAAAUGGAUAAGAACAGGAACUUGUUUUCCCAAGCAUUUCCAGAGAAUGGUGAUAACCGAGAUGUCAUUGAAGACACUUUGGGUUGUCUUUUGGGCAGGUUGUCCUUGCUAGAUUCAGUAGUAAAUCAGCGCUGUCAUCAGAUGAAGGAAAGACUUCAGCAAAUACUAAAUUUCCAGAAUGAUCUGAAGGUGCUGUGUACAUCACUGGCUGACAACAAAUACAUCAUUCUACAGAAACUGGCAAAUGUGUUUGAACAACCUGUGGCAGAGCAAAUAGAGGCAAUACAACAGGCUGAAGAUGGGCUAAAGGAACUGGAUGCAGGAAUCAUUGAAUUAAAAAGGCGUGGUGACAAGUUGCAGAUUGAGCAGCCUUCCAUGCAGGAACUGUCCAAACUUCAGGAUAUGUAUGAUGAACUGAUGAUGACCAUAGGCUCCCGGCGGAGUGGUCUGAACCAGAACCUUGCACUCAAGAGUCAGUACGAAAGGGCCCUGCAAGAUCUGGCUGACCUGCUCGAGACUGGACAGGAGAAGAUGGCAGUUGACCAGAAAAUCAUUGUGUCUUCCAAAGAGGAAAUUCAACAACUACUUGACAAACAUAAGGAAUAUUUUCAGGGCCUGGAAUCUCAUAUGAUCUUGACUGAAACACUCUUCAGAAAGAUAAUCAGCUUUGCAGUCCCACAGGAAACUCAGUUCCACGCAGAACUGAUGGCACAGGCUUCAGCUGUACUAAAACGGGCCCACAAGAGGGGUGUGGAGUUGGAGUACAUUCUAGAGACAUGGUCUCAUCUGGAUGAAGACUAUCAGGAGCUCAGCAGACAGCUGGAGGUGGUGGAAAGUAGCAUCCCGAGUGUGGGGUUGGUGGAAGAAAGUGAGGACAGGCUCAUUGACCGGAUUGCACUUUAUCAGCACUUGAAAUCCAGCCUUAAUGAAUACCAGCCCAAAUUAUAUCAGGUAUUAGAUGAUGGGAAACGACUGCUUAUAUCCAUUAGCUGCUCAGAUCUAGAAGGCCAGCUAAAUCAACUUGGAGAACACUGGUUAAAUAAUACCAACAAAGUGUCUAAGGAACUUCACAGAUUGGAAACAGUAUUGAAACACUGGACCAGAUAUCAAAGCGAAUCUGCAGAACUUAUUCACUGGUUGCAAUCUGCAAAAGACAGGCUAGAAUUUUGGACUCAACAAUCUGUGACAGUCCCACAAGAACUGGAAAUGGUCCGUGAUCAUCUAAAUGCCUUCCUGGAGUUUUCCAAAGAAGUGGAUGCCAAAUCUUCUCUGAAAUCGUCUGUCCUCAGCACUGGAAAUCAGCUUCUUCGAUUAAAGAAAGUAGACACAGCUGCCCUACGUUCAGAGCUGUCACACAUUGAUAGCCAAUGGACUGAACUGCUGACAAAUAUUCCAUCUGUACAGGAAAAGCUCCAUCAGCUCCAAAUGGAUAAGCUGCCUUCCCGUCAUGCCAUUUCUGAAGUUAUGACUUGGAUUUCUCUUAUGGAAAAUGUUAUUCAAAAGGAUGAAGAGAAUAUACAAAAUUCAGUAGGUUACAAGGCAAUUCAUGAAUACCUUCAGAAAUAUAAGGGUUUUAAGAUAGAUAUUAACUGUAAACAGUUGACAGUUGAUUUUGUGAAUCAGUCUGUGCUACAAAUCAGUAGUCAGGAUGUGGAAAGUAAACGCAGUGAUAAGACUGAUUUUGCUGAACAACUUGGAGCCAUGAAUAAAAGUUGGCAAAUCCUGCAGGGUCUAGUGACUGAGAAGAUCCAGCUGUUGGAAGGCUUAUUGGAAUCUUGGUCAGAAUAUGAAAAUAAUGUACAAAGUCUGAAAACUUGGUAUGAAACCCAGGAAAACAGACUAAAGCAACAGCAUCGAAUUGGAGAUCAGGCUUCAGUUCAGAACGCAAUGAAAGACUGUCAGGAUCUAGAAGAUUUGGUUAAAGCAAAAGAAAAAGAGGUAGAGAGAAUUGAACAGAGUGGACUUGCUUUGAUUCAGAACAAGAAAGAAGAAGUCUCUGGCAUUGUCAUGAGCACGCUGCGGGAGCUGAACCAAACCUGGGCAAAUUUAGACCACAUGGUUGGGCAAUUAAAGAUACUGUUGAAGUCCGUGUUUGACCAAUGGAACAAUCACAAGGUGGCCUUUGAUGAGAUAAACAGCUACCUCAUGGAGGCCAGAUAUUCUCUUUCCCGCUUCCGUCUGCUGACUGGCUCUUUAGAAGCUGUACAAGUUCAGGUAGACAAUCUUCAGAAUCUUCAAGAUGAUCUGGAAAAACAGGAAAAGAACCUACAGAGGUUUGGCUCUAUCACCAACCAACUGUUAAAAGAGUGUCACCCACCUGUGACAGAAACUCUUACCAAUACAUUAAAAGAUGUCAAUAUGAGAUGGAAUAAUUUGCUGGAAGAGAUUGCUGAACAGCUGCACUCCAGCAAAGCCCUACUUCAACUCUGGCAAAGAUACAAGGACUACUCCCAACAGUGUGCUUCUACAGUUCAGCAGCAAGAGGACCAAACCAAUGAGCUCUUGAAGGCAGCCACUAACAAGGACAUUGCUGAUGACGAAGCUGCUACAUGGAUUCAAGAUUGCAAUGAUCUCCUCAAAGGACUGGGGAUAGUGAAGGAUUCCCUUUUUGUUCUCCAUGAGCUGGGAGAGCAGCUCAAGCAACAAGUGGAUGCUUCAGCGGCAUCAGCCAUUCAAUCUGAUCAGCUGUCUUUGAGUCAACACCUAUGUGCCCUAGAACAGGCUCUUUGCAAGCAGCAGACUACAUUACAGGUUGGAGUUCUUGACUAUGAGACCUUUACCAAGAGUUUAGAAGCGUUGGAGGCCUGGAUAGUAGAAGCUGAAGACAUAUUACAAGGGCAGGACCCUAGCCACUCAUCUGACCUCUCAACCAUUCAGGAAAGGAUGGAAGAACUUAAGGGACAGAUGUUAAAAUUCAGCAGCAUGGCCCCUGAUCUAGACCGUCUAAAUGAGCUUGGGUAUAGGCUACCACUGAAUGAUAAAGAAAUCAAAAGGAUGCAGAAUCUGAACCGGCGCUGGUCUCUGAUCUCCUCUCAGACCACAGAAAGAUUCAGUAAGUUGCAAUCAUUUUUGCUACAACAUCAGACUUUCUUGGAAAAAUGUGAAACAUGGAUGGAAUUCCUGGUUCAAACGGAACAAAAGUUAGCAGUAGAGAUUUCAGGCAAUUAUCAGCAUCUUUUGGAGCAGCAGAGAGCGCAUGAGUUGUUUCAAGCAGAGAUGUUCAGUCGUCAGCAGAUUUUGCACUCAAUCAUUAUUGAUGGUCAGCGUCUUCUAGAACAAGGUCAAGUUGAUGACAGGGAUGAAUUCAACCUGAAAUUGACACUUCUCAGCAAUCAGUGGCAGGGAGUGAUUCGCCGGGCCCAGCAGAGGAGGGGCAUCAUUGACAGCCAGAUUCGCCAGUGGCAGCGGUACAGGGAGAUGGCAGAGAAGCUUCGUAAAUGGUUGGUUGAAGUGUCCUAUCUUCCCGUGAGUGCUCUUGGAAGUGUCCCAAUACCACUGCAACAGGCAAGGACCCUCUUUGAUGAAGUGCAGUUCAAAGAAAAAGUGUUCCUGCGACAGCAAGGCAGCUACAUCCUAACAGUGGAGGCUGGCAAGCAGCUCCUGCUCUCAGCAGACAGUGGGGCUGAGGCUGCCUUGCAGGCAGAACUCACUGAAAUCCAAGAGAAGUGGAAAUCAGCCAGCGUGCGUUUGGAGGAACAGAAGAAAAAACUGGCCUUCUUGUUGAAAGACUGGGAAAACUGUGAGAACGGAAUAGCUGAUUCUCUGGAGAAACUACGAACUUUCAAAAAGAAGCUUUCUCAGCCUCUUCCAGAUCACCAUGAGGAGCUGCAUGCAGAGCAAAUGCGUUGCAAGGAGCUGGAAAAUGUAGCUGGGCGCUGGACAGAUGAUAUGGCUCAGCUGACACUGCUGAAGGAUACUCUCUGUGCCCACAUCAGCGCCGAUGAUAUCUCCAUCCUGAAUGAACGCAUGGAGCUUCUGCAAAGGCAGUGGGAAGAACUGUGCCACCAGCUCUCCUUAAGGCGGCAGCAAGUAAGUGAAAGAUUGAAUGAAUGGGCAGUCUUCAGUGAAAAGAACAAGGAGCUUUGUGAAUGGUUGACCCAGAUGGAAAGCAAAGUUUCUCAAAAUGGAGACAUCCUCAUUGAAGAUAUGAUAGAAAAGCUCAAGAAGGAUUAUCAAGAGGAAAUUGCUGUUGCCCAAGAGAACAAAAUACAGCUCCAGCAAAUGGGAGAACGACUUGCUAGAGCCAGCCAUGAAAGCAAAGCCUCUGAGAUUGAAUACAAACUCGGAAAGGUUAAUGACCGGUGGCAGCAUCUCCUGGAUCUCAUGGCAGCCAGGGUAAAGAAGCUGAAGGAGACCCUGGUUGCCGUACAGCAGCUGGAUAAGAACAUGAGCAGCCUGAGGACGUGGCUGGCUCACAUCGAGUCAGAGCUGGCCAAGCCCAUAGUCUAUGAUUCCUGUGACUCGGAUGAAAUACAGAAAAAGCUUACUGAGCAGCAGGAGCUUCAGAGAGACAUUGAGAAACAUAGCACAGGCGUGGCCUCUGUUCUCAACUUAUGUGAGGUCCUGCUUCAUGACUGUGAUGCCUGUGCCACGGAUGCAGAGUGUGAUUCCAUCCAGCAGGCGACGCGAAACCUGGACCGGCGUUGGAGAAAUAUCUGUGCCAUGUCCAUGGAAAGAAGGCUCAAAAUUGAAGAGACAUGGCGAUUGUGGCAGAAGUUUCUCGAUGAUUAUUCUCGUUUUGAAGAUUGGCUCAAGAUUUCAGAAAGGACAGCUGCCUUCCCCAGCUCUUCUGGGGUGCUCUAUACAGUUGCCAAGGAAGAACUAAAGAAAUUUGAGGCUUUCCAGCGACAGGUCCACGAGAGCCUGACCCAGCUAGAACUAAUCAACAAGCAGUACCGUCGCCUGGCCAGAGAGAACCGCACCGAUUCUGCUUGUAGCCUAAAGCAGAUGGUUCAUGAAGGCAACCAGAGAUGGGACAACCUGCAAAAGCGUGUCACCUCCAUCUUGCGCAGACUCAAGCAUUUCAUUGGCCAGCGUGAGGAGUUUGAGACUGCACGGGACAGCAUUCUGGUGUGGCUGACAGAGAUGGAUCUACAGCUCACUAAUAUUGAGCAUUUUUCUGAGUGUGAUGUUCAAGCUAAAAUAAAGCAACUCAAGGCCUUCCAGCAAGAAAUUUCACUGAACCACAAUAAGAUUGAGCACAUAAUUGCCCAAGGAGAACAGCUUAUAGAAAAGAGUGAGCCCUUGGAUGCGGCAGUCAUUGAGGAAGAGCUAGAUGAACUCCGGCGUUACUGUCAGGAAGUCUUUGGGCGUGUGGAAAGAUACCAUAAGAAACUGAUUCGCCUGCCUCUCCCAGAUGAUGAGCAUGACCUCUCUGACCGGGAGCUGGAGCUGGAUGACUCUGCAGCUCUCUCAGACCUCCACUGGCGUGACACCUCUGCAGACAGCAUGCUCUCUCCCCAGCCUUCCUCCAACCCCUCCCUCUCACUCGCCCAGCCCCUGCGGAGUGAGCGGUCGGGACGAGACACGCCUGCCAGUGUGGACUCCAUCCCCCUGGAGUGGGACCAUGACUAUGACCUCAGUCGUGACCUGGAGUCUGCUGUGUCCAGAACUCUACCCUCUGAGGAUGAAGAGGGUCAAGAUGAUAAAGAUUUCUACCUCAGGGGAGCUGUUGGCUUAUCAGAUGUAAUGAUCCCCGAAAGUCCCGAGGCCUAUGUAAAACUCACAGAAAGUGCAAUCAGAAAUACCUCUGGAACUCCCAGUGCCUUAGAGUCACAGAUCCGACAACUGGACAAAGCAUUGGAUGAGAGCCGUUUUCAGAUGCAACAAACUGAAAAUAUUAUCCGCAGCAAAACUCCGACAGGACCGGAGCUAGAUUCCAGCUAUAGAGGCUAUAUGAAAUUGCUGGGUGAGUGCAGUGGCAGUAUAGACUCAGUGAAGAGACUGGAACACAAACUAAGGGAGGAAGAAGAGAAUUUUCCAGGCUUCGUUAACCUGAAUAGUACGGAAAUCCAAACAGCUGGUGUGAUUGACCGAUGGGAACUCAUCCAAGCACAGGCCCUUAGCAAGGAGCUGAGAAUGAAACAGAACCUCCAGAAGUGGCAGCAGUUCAACUCGGACCUGAACAACAUCUGGACCUGGCUGGGGGAGACAGAGGAAGAGUUGGAACAGCUGCAGCGCCUAGAGCUUAGCACUGAUAUCCAGGCUAUCGAGCUCCAGAUAAAAAAGCUCAAGGAGCUCCAGAAAGCUGUGGACCACCGCAAAGCCCUCAUCCUCUCCAUCAACCUGUGCAGCUCCGAGUUCACCCAGACUGACAGUGAAAAAAGCCAAGAUCUGCAAGAUCGCCUAUCCCAGAUGAACGGGCGCUGGGACCAUGUGUGCUCAUUGCUAGAAGAGUGGCGGGGCCUGCUCCAAGAUGCACUGAUGCAGUGUCAGGAUUUCCAUGAAAUGAGUCAUGGUUUGCUGCUUAUGCUGGAGAACAUAGACAGAAGGAAAAAUGAAAUUGUCCCUAUUGAUUCUAACCAGGAUGCAGAGACACUUCAGGACCAUCACAAACAGCUUAUGCAAAUAAGGCAUGAGCUGUUGGAAUCCCAGCUCAAAGUGGCCUCACUGCAAGACAUGUCUUGCCAACUCUUGGUGAAUGCUGAAGGCACAGACUGUUUAGAAGCCAAAGAAAAAGUCCAUGUGAUUGGAAAUCGGCUCAAACUUCUCUUGAAGGAGGUCAGUCGUCACAUCAAGGAGCUGGAGAAGUUAUUAGAUAUGUCAAGCAGUCAGCAGGAUUUGUCUUCCUGGUCUUCUGCUGAUGAACUGGACACCUCAGGAUCUGUGAGUCCUACAUCAGGAAGAAGCACCCCAAACAGACAAAGAACGCCACGAGGCAAAUGUAGUCUCUCACAGCCUGGACCCUCUGUCAACAGUCCACAUAGCAGGUCCAUAAAAGGUGGCUCCGAUUCCUCCCUUUCUGAGCCUCGGCCAGCUCGGUCCGGCCGAGCCUUCCUAUUCAGAGUCCUCCGAGCGGCUCUUCCACUUCAGCUUCUCCUGCUGCUCCUCAUCGGGCUCGCCUGCCUUGUACCAAUGUCAGAGGAAGACUAUAGUUGUGCCCUCUCCAACAACUUUGCCCGAUCAUUCCACCCCAUGCUCAGAUACACAAAUGGCCCUCCUCCGCUCUGAAUCAAGCAGAUGCCAUCUGCAGCAGUGCUGAUAGCAUAAGGAGGAUUUGGCCAAAAGCAAUCCCAAACUAGUAAAAAGAGGACCGGAAUCUUGGCGAACGUCCUUGAUGUGGCACCUUUAGCUCGUCUCUGUAUCCCAUGUGUGCAAAUUAUGGCUUCGGAGAUAGUAAAAGAUGACAAGAGGAGAACAGACAGACAACAGUUUGGGAAGAAAUUUUGUCUGAAACUCUGAGCCUCAGUGCUAAAGAGGUUAAGGACCUCCAACGUUCUCUGGACGCAUGAAUACUGGGAUGAAUCCUCUGCACACCCAAGGACUUAAGUGAGCAGCUCUCCCCUGGUGCUGCUCCAUCCAUUCAACACAGGCUUCUCCCUGAAUGCCAGGUUGGCAUUGAACAAUCUACCAACCAACCAGUGCUGAAGAGAUUUUAGAACCUUGUAAACAUACAAUUUUUAAGAGCUUAUAUGGCACCUUUCUUUUUACCUUGUUUUCCUUUGGGGCAUGAUGUUCUAACCUUUGCUUUAGAAGCACAAGCUGUAAAUCUAAAAGGCACUUUUUUAAAGCUCUAAAGAAAAACUGGAUGUAAUAAAUAAGAUCAUGGAAGGCUUUAUGUGAAAAAAAAGUUGAAUGUUACAGUAAAAAAAAAAGAUAUUUAUGUAUGUACAGUUUGCUAAAGCCAAGUUUUGUUUGUAUUGAUUUCUCUGCAUUUAUUAUAGAUACUAUAAAAUAU